UGUCUUGACGUAUUUCGACUUUCGACUUUCGCGUGUGCGUACUGCGUGCGUGUUGUGUACGUACGUACACGCGUGGACAAUGACAGUCGGUUCGUUCCAGGAAGUCCGGGAACGUCGAGAGCAGUCGAGAGCGCGCGUGAAGUGGUGAGCCGACUGCCGAGUCAGCCGAGUCAGCCGAGAGGAAGACUUGGGAAGACUCAUCCGUCCGUCCGUCCGAACAUAUUCAACAUAUGAUCGUAGUCCCGCCGAGGGCGCGUGUCGUGAAACGUGAACGUCGUCGGUUUCCGGCAAUUGCGGGAAUUGCGGGAAUUCCGGGAAGCGCCGACCAGGCCGACCAGGCCGACCUUAGUCCACGAUCCGAUCGCGCGUGCGACUCGCGGUCCUCGCGGUCCUCGCGGAAAUGACAAAGCGCGCCCCGCUCGCGCGUCAGCAGUGAAGACGAGAAUUCGUUCGCGGACGAAUAAAUCCCGCAAUCCCGGACGAAUCGUUCCGAGCCGCCCCGCGCCCGAGCGAAAAGAAGCGGAGCGUGACUGCAAACAUGAGUUCCGUCUGGAAACGCUUGCAACGGGUGAACAAGAGAGCGGCCAAGUUUCAGUUCACCGUUUCUUACCACGAAGUCACGUUAGAGACGACGACAAAGUGGAAGCCAAACAAAUUGAGCGUUGUUUGGACAAGACGUAGUAGAAGAGUUAGUUCAGAACCCUUAGACUGGGAGCCAUGUUUGAGUGAUCCUUUGAAGGGUAUCAUCAGCUGGGCAGUCCCCGACAAUCACACGGUUUCUGUGACACUGUUUAAAGAUCCACGGACACAUGAGCUGGAAGAUAAAGAUUGGACAUUUGUUAUCGAAGAUGUGUCGUCGACGGGAAAGAGACGUCAUGUGGCUGCCACUAAUAUAAAUAUGAAAAAAUAUGCAACUUUAGAAUCUAGUCAGCAACAACUCAAAUUGGACUUGAAGCCAACUUCUAAAAAGAUUGUUAGCGCUACGCUAGAAUGUACUUUGUCAUGUGUAUUUCUACGAGAGGGCAAGGCGACGGAUGAAGAUAUGCAAAGUAUGGCUAGUUUAAUGUCGGUUAAUAAUAACAGCGACAUUGCGCCAUUAGAUGAUUUUGAUAAUGAAGAUAUACCUGAAGAUGUUGAGGAAGUGUCGGUAAAAAAUUUGGACGAGUUUUUAGAUAUCUCCGCUCAACUUGAUCUAAUGACGAGCAGUCUUACUGAAAGUGAAUUACCCAGUACUUCUAUAAGUGUGGCAAGUUUAUCAAAGGAUGAUACAACUCCUGUAAAUGAUGGCGAGCAUUUUAUACGUGACAUUAGUCUAACAGGAAUUGGAGACUCUUUAAAGGAAAAAUCACCCGUGAAAGACAAUGUUGCCGUUGAAAAUGACAAAAACAUUGAACACAGCACAUUGAGAUUGCCGCUGCAACCAUUGGAUCUUAAAAAGAAUGACGCAAAUGUUCCAAGACUGAAAGAGAUUACUCCCGGCCAAGAUUUAUUGGAAUGGUGCAAAGAAGUUACAAAGGAUUAUUCCGGUGUCAAAGUCACUAAUCUAACGACAUCUUGGAGAAACGGAAUGGCGUUUUGUGCGAUUAUUCAUCAUUUCAGACCUGAUCUGAUAAACAUCGAUUCUCUAUUGCCGCACGAUGUAAAAGGCAACUGUAAGAAAGCAUUCGACGCGGGUGAAACUCUGGGCAUACCCAGAGUUAUUGAACCGGCUGACAUGGAUAUAUUAACGGUACCUGAUAAAUUAGCUGUGAUGACUUAUUUAUAUCAAUUGAGAGCGCAUUUUACCGGCCACGAAUUAGAGGUACAUCAAAUAGGUAAAACAACGGACGAGUCCUCUUACAUGAUCGGCAGAUUUAAUACGGACAACAACACUGACGUGAGUGUUCAACUGUUUGGUCAAGAGAUUAUUAAUUUACGGAAGAAGGAACAGAUCGAACAAAAAAACAAUAAAGCGGAGAAUAACAGACGGUCGAAUCCGUUUGAUAACAAGAAGGAUGACAUAUGCAUCGAUUCAUUAAAAAACAAGCUGCAUUUGAGCCUGAACACGGAUAAUCAGGAUCACGAUCAAUGUAACAAAGACAAAUCGCCAUCCAGCGUGAAGGAGGUCAAGGACAUUAUAUUAGCCAGUUCAAAGAGCAUUCUGGGCAAGGUGUUAUCACCGACCAAAGAAAAAUACUCGUCGAGAGAGAAGAGCAAGUCUCCGCCGAGAGUGCAACAAGCGCAGCAACGUCCGAUACUUAUGACACGCCGACAAUUAACCGAUCCGUUCGGCUCCGACGACGAAGAGGAGAACAUACAGAUAAUCGACGACAAAUGGUCGCAAUCGAUCUCGCUUACCAAAUCGCAAAGUCCGCCGUUAGUUAGUCGGCACGAUGAAUUGCGAGAGCGAGCGAGACAACUCUUGGAACAAGCCAGGAAUCAAACGAAGCCAUCCGGAUUUGUUUCUGCUGCUAUCAGUCCCGUUGAGACACAGAAUGAUGACGAGAGACAACAAAACUUGCGAGAAAGGGCGAGACGCUUGAUUGCGGAAGUUAAAAUGGGCGUCGCUGUGACUCCAAGUCAGUUGAAUGAUGAUAACAAUAGUGACAGACGAUCGAUAGACGAUCAGAACAAUAGUCCUAGACGCAGCAUUACGCCAUCGACACCCAGUGAUCGAAUCAGUAUAAAGUCUGAGUACAAUGGAAAUAUACUGGGAAAUUCAAGUAUGACAGAUGGAGAAAAGAAAACUGGCUCUCCUUUGUAUUCCUUUUCCAAAAUUAUUGAAAGAAUCUCGCCCGAUAAAGGAAGUCCCGAUAGAACUCCAUAUACACUUCGCGGGUUGGGUAAAGACAUGACAUCGUAUAUUCAAAAUGAGCUUGAAGCACUUGAAAGAGAGCAAAAUCAGAUUGACAUUCAAGCUGGCAAGCUUGAAAAGCAAUUGAGAGCAGCCAUGGAAAGCGAUAACGAAGACGAAACGGAAAGACUGAUGUCUCUAUGGUUUACUCUUGUUAACAAAAAAAAUGCUCUCUUAAGAAGACAAAUGCAACUAAACAUACUGGAGAAAGAAGACGAUUUAGAGCGAAGAUUUGAGCUCUUGAAUCACGAAUUAAGAAGCAUCCUUGCAGUGGAAGAUUGGCAAAAGACACCAGAGCAAAAAAUGCGUGAAAAUUUAUUGUUGGAGGAAUUAGUAUCUAUUGUAAACAAAAGGGAUGAAUUGGUGCAUCAUCUCGAUACACAAGAAAGAGCCAUUGAAGAUGAUGACGAAAUAGAGCGUGAUUUAUCUCGCGCUGGACUAGCUCAACGAAAUAAAAAUUGUGUUGUGCAAUGAGGAGUUAAUUAUUUAUCGUAUUUUUUCCCAGAAUUAUUGUGCAGGCAUGACCCAUGUUGCUGUGGAGUUGCCAAAAAGUCGACAAAAUUAGAUAUUGAAGUCAAGUGUGAACAUUCAUGGUUUACAAACAGGUUAUUUUUAGAGACUCAUUUUUUAUUAUGCAUUGUAGAUUAAUUCAUCAAAAGAUAGAUCAAACAAAUUUUUCCAUUUCUUUUGUUUUUAAUAUAAGUUCGUCGAUUCACGACGAAAGAAAAAACGCAAUUAAACUUAGACACUGUCGAAUUAUUAGAUAUAAAUGGUUAAAUGAUUUUUUGUAUAUUAUCGAGCAUAAUAUCGAUUAUAUAAUGUAAGCAUUUUAUGCUUCAAGUGAAAUGUUGCGCGUUAAUAGUUGAGACUGUGUGCAAAUAUAUGACAUGAUACGUAACUAUGGAAUACGGAAUCGUGCAAAACAGUUUACGAAUCAAGAAGUAGAUGAAAAGAGGUAUAAUUUAUCUUCCUCGAAUAAAAUAAAAGUGAACGCAAAUGCAAAAAAGCUCGAAAAGAAUGCAAAUUAGUGUGAUAAAAAUAUAUUUUAGCAAGAUUCGAGAUCUAAUUACGAAGCUACUUAGUGUUAUAUAUUUUAAAAGAUUUUGUUUAUACAUAUUAUAUAAAUUAGUAGCUGGUUCAAGAAAGUAUAAAUUAAAUGCAGUUCUUUCAUGCAAGUGAACUUUAGACAUUUGAUUUAUGUGAAAAAUUAUUUUGUGACUUAAUUGCUAAGAGAUUUAAUAUCGGAAAGCCAAAGAAAGUUAAAGCAGGCUGUUACGCAAGAACAUGCAAGAGAUACGUGAAGAGUAAUUUAGUAAAUGUAUUUCGUGUUCAUCGAUCCAAAUCGAUUUACGGAAAAUUAAUUGUGAAACUAUUGCGGAAAGUGGAACGCGUGGCUAUAGUUUUCGUAUUUGCAUCAGUUGUUCUCAUCGAGCAUUCGCAUGUACUCUAUUUGUGCCAUACGAACGAAUUGAUAUACUUUUUACAUCCUAUUUGACGAAUUUGUAUAAAUGUAGAAAAAUGCGUUAAAAACAAAUUCGCUAAUCUUAUUGACGGUAUGAGAUUUUAAAAGAAACCGUAGUAAGAUUAAUUUUUACUAAGACUAAUUCUUAUAUGUGGUAUCGUAUAUCUGCGUGUAAUAAGAAUAUUAUGUUGACUAUAACUUUUUAUAACAAAAUGGUGCAUUAUAUUUAAA